AUGGACCCGUCAAAUACAGAAAAGCCAGAAGCUCCGCCUACAGUCGUGUUUGGCCGCUCAAACAAAAAGCGCAAGGCGUACCGGCAAAGAGGCGGCGACUCGGCACAAGCAGACGAACCAGUCGCGACAGCACAUAGCCCCGAGAAGACUGACACAAACGAAGAGACAGCGACGCCCACACAGCCACGGCCGGCUGGUGGCGACGACGACGAAGAGACGAAACCAGAAACGGACGACGGCGCCAAAGGCGACCAGGACGAUGACGGCAGCGCGGUAGAGGAAAAGGACGACAACGACGCUGGCGACGGCAACGGCGACGACGAUGCUGCGGGUCUGACGGUCGCCGAGCUGAUCCGGCGGCGCAAGACGCGCAAGCCCAAGAUUGGUGGGGUGGAGUUCCGGGACGAGGCUGCCGAGGCCUCGUCAUCGUCUGCACUAUCGCGUUACGCCGACAUGGCCGUCGACGGUAUGGACCUCGACAUUGCGUCGGAUCCCAUGGCCAUGGGCAUGCAGUUUGUGCCGCAGACAGGCAUGAUCGGCGAGCUCGUCAACAAACACAUGGAGGAAUAUGUAGAUGCACAGUUGGCUAAACGACACCGAGCAGAAGCAGAACAAGCACAUCUGCCGGCUACCGGUGGGCUGGCAGGAUCAGGGCCGAGCUCUGGUCCCAGUGCCGGUGCAGGCACAUCCGGUGCUGCUUCAAGCGUCGACGCGCGCCAGCAGCUCGCCACCAAAGGCAAGCUGCACGAGAUCGACCUGGGCGCCGAAGCGCGUGCGCGCAAUGUCGCCAUGACCGAGCGCGCUACACAGCGGCUCCGCAGUACGGGCGACGCCGGAGGCGGUGGCUCAGCAGAAGAGGGCACGCAAUCCGGCCGCGGCGGUAAGAGGCGCCGCGGCAGCGACGACAUCAAGCGAGACCAAUUGGUCGAGCAGUUCCUGCAUGAAAACAGAAUGGAUGUCGAUGUCUAUGAUGCAUCGCGCGAUGCAGCAGGCACAUCCGCAGCAACCACCGAGGGCCGGCCUACAGACGACCGCGUCGCCGAGCAGUUCCGCCGCGAGUUCAUGGAGGCCGUCGCCCAGCGCAUGCGCCGCAAGCGGAAACCACUGGGCCCGCCCGCCAAGCCCAAGACGGCACGCAACGACGAAGAGAUUCUGCGCGGGCCCAAGCUGGGCGGCAGCCGCAAUGUGCGGUCCGUCAUUCGCGACAAGUUGCUGCAAAAGCAAGAGGAAGAGCGCCACAACAUGCCCAAGUACGAGCAGCAGCUGCUGGAGCAGAAGCGGCGGAUGAACCGGCGGCGAUGA